ACUCCCCUUGAAAUUUUUAAGGGCGAAUCGCCCCAAAACUUCCUUCAGAAUUUCAUCACAUUCCCACCUCAGGCCCCAACCACCUCCCAAGCGGAAAAGUUUGCCCUGGUUAAUAUAAAUUUGUCAAAAAGUGCUGCAAGAAGACAAAAACGCCAUGGCCCAACUGAUACUGAAACUCCAUUCAAAGUUGGGGUUAAAGUCCUCUUAAAAACCCAUCACCUUUCAAAUGCCUUCUAUGGCGAGAUGAAAAAGUUCUUUCGACUGUAUGACGGCCCAUACAUCAUCACCCGAGUAGUAGGUUCCAAUGCCUUUGAACUAAAAGACCCAAAAACUGAUGAGAUUAAAGGUGUAUAUAAUCUGGUCAACCUGCGCAAGCUCUGCGAGUAGAACUUUCCUACACAGUAUUGUGAACUUCUUUCCUAAUUGUUCUGCCAUGCUCUAGUAUUAAGUUUAUUUACAUACUAUUUCUUCUCCUUUACUUUUUUUUAAAAACCUUAAAAACCUUAUGUAUCUUAUUAUUGUUCUUCCUAAUUUUACCUGUCAUCAUUACUGUCAUAUUCAUUUCCUUUUGUUAACCUUCAUGUCCCAUUCUUGUUUGUUUUAGUUUGUCCUAAUAGACCUACAAUCUAUUUUCUACUAUGCUAAGACUGUCCCUCUCUACGAGUAUUAUUAAAAAAAAAAAAAAAAAAAAAAAAAAAAAAAAAAAAACUCGUUGCGACUCCUUUUUUUUCCAAUUUUUUUUUUACCUUUCUGUUGGGGAAGGGGGUUAGUUGUUUCACGAUACCCCUUCACCCAACCGCCCUAGAAACUUUGUGCGUAGUUUUUUUUCUCUUUUCCCCUUCCCUCAAUCAUUUGUAUAUCUGUGUCUGAGGACAAAACAGCUAUACACAUUUUAUUGUAUGAUGUAAGUAUAUUCUCUCUCCUCAUUUUUAUGUUUGUGUACCUGGCCACACGUUCAAUGUUAGAAUAAUUUAGUUUUAAGAACAAUUUGCUGCUUCUGACCGACUCAGAUGCUCAUGCACUUGAUUUUACAUGAAGGCGUUGAUUUCCUGUCCUUGCUGUAUUAACUACAGGGUGACCAUCAUCACGCGGUGAUACCAGGGAAUCCACGAAGUCUUUGUAUCUGGGGAUACAACACUUCGUGCCAUUGGAACGCUCCCUGAAUCUGAACUUUCUUUAUUAUUUUUUAUCUGGCCGAACGGUUCUGCCGUAAGCCAUUCACUGGAGAAAACGAACUAGCGUCGUCUAGCGGCUCCAUAUUGUUCUACCUUUUGUGCUUUUUUUUUUUUUUUCUUUUUUAUUUCUUCUAAUUAGUGUUCGAGACCUAGUCAUGAGUGCUUCAUGUGCCUUGGAGGAGGCAGUCAAAGCUCAUGCAGCCUUGCAGCUAGCCACUGCGAGUGUCACUGGACUCAGUCCCCCACGUAAAACCCAAAACGGGCUGCUUCCAUGUAGGCUCAAGUGCGUGACUGAUUCGAUCAGGAACACAAAUCAG